AGACAACAGACGACAAUAGGCCCCUCCCUAUAUUUGAGGCGCGGGCAAAUUUUGGCAAUGUCGCCCUGAAGGAGGGUCGAUACUGCCAAAACCCUAAAGAGAGCUGCCAUUUCUGUGAGCUUCAAAUCUCAAAUCGUUGCUCAGAUUCAUAAUUUUAAAUGUCGAGCUUCCUUCACAAACCCCGCUCCCGCCUUCAACGCAUCGUCCUCGCCUUUCUCAAUACCAACGCCAACUUUACUGGCCGUGGUAGAGCCAACGUCGGUGCCCAUGGAAGCCCACUAACGUUUCUCAACUCCUUCUCCACUCUCUCUCCUCUAACCUCUUCCUCUUUCACCACCGACAGUCUAAAAAAAACAUCUCUUGCCCUCUCCCCUGAGUUGGCUCUUGCGGCGACGCAGAACAUCGGCCGUGAAAGUAAACGAAAAUCCGACGUUGACAUUGCCCUUUUUAGGCGAUACGGUUUCUCUUCCGAUCAAAUAGCUAAGAUCUUCACUAGAAGCUUCCAGACCUUAUCAGUGAAAACACUCGAACCCAAGCUUCAAUUCCUCUCCGACUGCGGAAUGUCCCGCGAAAAUAUGGUUCUCGUCGUCUCCGCCGACCCUUUAAUUCUCAACCGAAGCUUGGAGAAGCAAAUAUCGCCCUGUAUUCGGUUUUUGAAGAGCUUCUACGGCGGGAUCGACCACGUGGUUUCGCUAUUCUUGGUCAAGCGCGGCACUUGGGUUCUCCACCAGUUCUCGGAGGCAACGGCGCCUAAUGUCGAGACCUUGCGGAGUCACGGUGUGCCAGAUUACAACAUCGCAAAAAUGUUCGUAAUUCGACCGCAAACUCUGGCCCGGAAUGUGGACGCGUUCACUGAUCUUGUGAAGGAAGCUAAGAGACUUGGUUUCAACAUAUCAAGCUUGAUGUUUAUCCAUGGAAUGGCCAGCCUCUCGGGGAUGAGAAAGGGCAAAUGGGAUUCGAAAAUGGACAUUUUCAAGAGCUUUGGGUGGUCUGAAGAGCAAGUUAGGGUUUUGAUCGUUAGACAACCACAGGUAAUGCCUACCUCAGAGGAGAGAAUGAAGCUGGUAUUGGAGUUCUUUACCACCAAGUUGCAAUGGGGUCCUAUUGAUUUUUGUAAAUAUCCUAAUGUUCUCUUGUUUAGCUUUGAGAAAAGUGUUAGAAUACUGUAA